AAGCUGGAGACUUUGGGGUUCUAAGAUAACCCAAACCCCGCCGCAAGCCGGGCGUCUGCGCCCCGCAGCUGGGCUGCGAGCAGAGACAGGAACCGGGGCUCGGCUGUGGCUGCAACAUUUCCUGUUUUACAGAGCAAGAAAAAAGAGCGAGAGCAGCAAAAUGAGGUGCUUGGCACGAAGAUGGCAGUUGGAGCGUGUUCGCGCCCGAUAACCCCCUGCUCACCCCACUUCUCCGUGGCAGUUCAGGGGUAGGACGGGACCCUCGGGCCAGGACAGAGGACCCCAGAGCGGAUGGGACGGUCACAGACUGGCAGAGCUGCAUCCAACAUGAUCAGCCAGCCCGAGAAGGCACGGCCGCAGUACAGGCGCGCAAACGAGAGCUACGAUGAGAAAUGCGAGCGGCGGCACGAGACGCGGGAGAACCUGCGACGGCGAAACAACAUGACAACCUGCCGCCGCUCCGGGAGGGGAGCGGAGGAGCCGUCGCAGAGCCCCCGGCAAAGGGAGUUCCUGAGGAGGAGAAACCUGGCAAGCGAUGCUGGAAGCACACUGCUGGGCCGGGAGCCCGAAGCACGUGUCCCCCUGGACCCCUCCUCACCGGUGGAGCCCAGAUCGCCCGUCCUGCUCCAGCACCCAUGGAGCUGCCCCACAUUCUUCCCUGCACACUCCCCACUCGGCCUCGGCGACCCUCUCAGCAUUUCGGCAGGAGCCAUGCCCAGGCGAGGUGCCUCCGUGAACACCCAAGGAACCCAGACCCUUACACAUCCAAGCGCAGGAGUGAAAGACUCGAGCCAGCAAACAGAUUGUGGAAUAGCAGUUUUAAAUAAGGAAAUGGUGCAGCUGUCCAACUACCUGAAGGAAGCCCUGCACCGCGAGCUGCUCCUCAAGCAGAAGAUGGUCAUUUUGCAGGAGCUUUUCUCCACGUUGCUGCAAGCGUCAGAAAAAUCCUGGCAGGGUCAGCUGAAUGAAGAUAAACUGAAGUGUAAUCUAAGAGCACUUGAAAAUCAGCUGCAGGCCUGUACCCAGAGUUACUCAAAGGAGUGUGUGAAGAAGAUCCUGAUAGAGAUGGAGGACCAGAAGCAGACCUAUGAGCAGAAGGCAAAAGAGGCUCUUCAGAAGAUGCUGGAGGACAAACUCCAAACAGAGCAGCAGCUGCAAAACUCUCAAAGGAGCCUGGCAGCGAUGAGAGAGGACCUCACCUUCUGGAAAGAGCGCUACACCACACUCAAAGAGGAGAUGACCAAGUUGACCGCGGUGCACACCGAGCUCGAGAACAGCUUCCAUGUUUUGCAAAGCAAACUGCAGCAAGCGGACAUGCAGAACGAGCAGCUCCAGCAGGCCCUGUGCAGCCUGCAGAACGAGCACGCCGCGCUCCACCGGCGAGCCAGCGCCUUGCGGGAGGACAACGACCUGAAGGCAGAGCACAUCAGCGCCAUCGAAGAGAAAUUGCAAAAAGAACAAAAUCAGAAGGUAACACUGGAGGCAACGAUCAGCUAUUUGCACAACUUGAUACAGAACCAGACCAACGAACAGAGGACCCAGGAGGUGACGGUGCAAAGGAAAGACCAGGUUUUCACUACGCAGACCCCACCUCUCACUCCUGCCAAGGAAAAACAAAACACUCUCUUAGAGCACCCUGAGGAGGAGGGAGAAGAAAGUCUGAAGGAGGAGAUGCAGAAAAGGACAUCCCAGCUUACAGCAAAGGAGAACGAGGUACAUAUGGGCAUACAGGGAGCAGACGUGAAAAUCCCCCGUCACUGCAGCGCUCAUGCACGGGUGAAGCACUGCAGCCGCUGCGGGAGCCCUGCCACUCUGGGUGCGUACAAGAGUGAGGGGAUCCCUCCUGCUAACGGCCCCUCGCUCUGCUUGCAGUGCACGGAGCUGCGCUCGGAGCUGGAGGCCCUGAGCGAGGAGUACCGCUCCUGCCUGACCAGGCUGCGCCAGUGCCGGGACGAGCUCAACCACUUCCAGGGCAAGCAGGCAAAGAGACAGCGCAGUCACUGGGUCCCUCUCCUGGUGGCAGUGAUAGCAAUGGCCAUAGCCACCUUCCUCACAAGUUACAGACCAUGAAGGACCUUCUCGAUGACCCAUCUCACUGCAGGAACUGACUUCUGCUUCACCAGCAGCAACGCGCCCUCACCGCAGUGCACAUCUGCUGUUUUGUACUUACCUGUUCGGUUCAUAACGUGAGCUGAUGUCACUCCAGACAAACUCCCGCGGCUCAAAUAAACGCUGGGAGAUCACUCCUUCCCUCGGCUGCUUUGGUUAUUUCACGUCAGUUGAAGGUUGUGCUGCCCACUUCCUGUGGCACUGAGGGACAAAGCUGCUCCAGCCACCGCUGCUGGGGUUCGUGCCAGGCGGGAAGGACGAGGAAUCCCGUGCCCUUGGGAUCCAGCCUCCCCGGUUUUCAUGCCCAGCGGCUGAGAGGACUACACAAUCCUCUUCCUCUAUUUAUUGCCUCCCCAAAAUAGGAGGUAUGUGACCCCAGCCAAUCUCUACUGGCACCUGACAAAGAAACCCAGCUCAGGGAGGCUUCUUAGCACAGCCCCCUCAUACUCGCCCUGUGCAGUGCCUGUCCUGAGCGAUCUUCCCACCUCCUGCCCGCUGGGCCCAGUUCACCCACCGCUCUGUGGGCCUGUCUCAUGACCAAGCGUCCCCACAGCCACAGCCGCUUCCCCUUCACUCCAGCACCACAUUAAUUUGACAGAUGGGGGGGUUUAAGCCCCUUUCAGAGCUGUACUGUACAGGUUUUACGGUAGCACCUACCCCUCGUUCAAGCAUAGGCUCAGCUACAAGACAGUGUGUUACACCACCUCACAUGAGUAGUAAAUAUGAUAU